AAAGUUAAAAAAGUAAUCAAAAAGUAGAUAGAUUGUAUAGAUUGAGACGCAUCUUUCCAUUAACCGCAACCGUAGUUACUCUCGAUAUUUAUUUUUAUAAAAAGUUUUUGAUAGAUUUGGCGGAAGUUUUAGAGUGUUACAUUACUAAGGGCAGCCCUCAUGACGAACACAGAAGAGGAUGAAAUUCAGAAAAUGCUUCAUUUUGUACCCCAGGUAGCAGAAAUUUUUGAUGUCAAAGAAAAAAUAGGAGAAGGCACAUUUAGUAAAGUAUAUCGAGCUAUUGUUAAAGGAACUGGUGUGAAAAAAGAAUAUGCCCUAAAAUAUUUAGUGCCAACAAGUAAACCUGCUCGCAUUGCUACUGAGUUACAAUGUCUCAAAGAUGUUGGGGGUUCCUGUAAUGUAAUAGGUGUGGAAUUUUGUUUUAUGAAUAAUGGCCAUGUAGUUAUUGUCAUGCCAUAUUACGCUCAUCAGAGAUUCUCUGAUUAUGUCCGGCUUUUAUCUGUCAGUGACAUUAGAGAAUACAUGCGAAAUCUCUUAAUUGCUUUGGGAAAGAUACAUUCUUAUGGAAUUAUACACCGGGAUGUUAAACCUAAUAAUUUUUUAUAUAACCAGUAUGUGAAAAGUUAUACCUUGGUUGAUUUUGGUUUGGCAGAAAAAGCAAAUGAUUUGCAUUCCAGAUAUGCUGUUAAUCGUCAGCCUUUGUCUGAUUCAUCUGGGAGAUUAAAUAAAGAUGUUCAUCUUGAGACAGAAGAGGCUCAAAAUUUUCAGACCAUAUCACCAGAAGCAGUAGCAUCAUUAGUUAAUGCAACAAAACAUCCAGUUGCCCAUAAUUCUAAUUGUGAAAAUGUAUCUAAGAAACGAAAGUUAUCCUCCUCUAUAGUACCUGCAAUAAAUGAAAGCUUACCUCUCCCAGAUACCAAUUUCAUUGCUCCUGCCCAGCCAAGAAUUCAAUUUCAACCUCAUUUGAAACCAAAAGAAACUACUAAACAUGGCAAAGGUAAAGCCCGAGAAUGUGGCUGCUUCAGAAGGCCAACUGUAUGUAAAAUAUGUACUGGCAGGGAAACAGAGAAUGCACCUCGUGGCGGAACUGCAGGUUUCAGAGCUCCAGAAGUUCUUUUAAAACACAGACAGCAAACUACAGCAAUUGAUGUAUGGUCAGCAGGCGUUAUAAUGUUGUGCAUUCUUAGCAAAAAAUAUCCAUUUUUUCGAGCUGAUGAUGAUCUUACUGCAUUGGCGGAAAUAACCUUUUUAGUCGGAACUAGAGAGGUGAAAGAAGCUGCUCUUUCUAUUGGUAAAGUCCUCACUAUGAAUUUGCCAGAAACAACUGAAUCUAUAUCAGACAUCCGUAAACAACUGGGACCAUCUCGAUACCUUCAGGCCUUGUGUACUUUAAUUAUGCAAGAUCAGCCUUGUUAUGCACAUUCAUAUCCACAAACUAAAGAACCAAUUAUGCGUUGUAUGUUGUGCUAUGAAAUGUCUCGCCAGGUACCACAAAGUGCCUUUGAUCUCCUGGACAAACUGUUAGAUCCCAACCCCCAUACUCGAAUCACUGCCCAAGAUGCCCUAAUGCAUCCUUUCUUUACUGAGCAUAAUUAAGUAAAAUUAGUCAUAUGUGCUAAUCAUUAGUACUAUGAAUGGGUAUAUUGUAUUCUUCGUUGUUUUCGAAAGGAUAUGCAUUUUUUUUAUCCCCUCGGUGAAAAUUAUUUAUUUUUAUAUGUUCUUGUCUUCAUAUGUUUGCAUUCGUAAACUUUUUAUUGAUGAAAAUCAAUCUAUGAUGUUGAUUUUCAUUCACUGCAGGCUUAACAUUUUAGACCAGUUUCAAAUUAAACACAGCAAUAUUAAAAAGACCUUAAGAAAUGUUGUGUCUUCCGUUGUCACCCCAAGUGCUUUGUCUCUAGACAUUAGAUUAGUUUUCUACAAUAGAAGGAAAAGCCUGGUUUGAAACUUGAUUGAAUGCAAUUGAUUGUAAUGUACUUUUGGGAUUCUUGUUUACUUUUAUGGUGCUUGUAGAUAUUUUGAAUGUGCUUUUGUGAUGGUGUAUUUAAAUAUUGUACCUGAAUAAUGAAAAUAAGUGUCUUUUUUUUUCCUACUCAGUCACUUGAACAGUUGAAUGUUAUCACUUUUGAUAUUGGAAUUUUUUGAUUUCUAUUGCACAUUUAUAGAAUGUUGACUUUCAGUAAUAGUGAUGCUUGUAGUGGUUAAGCAUAUCUUUUCAUGCUUAUGUCACUUUUCGAGCUACCAAACAUCUGCAUCACUCAUUUUGUACACUAUUUACAGCUACCAUUUUAUGUACCUGAAAUCAUAUUUUCUAUGUGGCUUUCAGCAUGAAGGAUUUUCAUUUCAUAGUGAGAAACUAUCAAUGCAAUAAUAUCUUUGUAUUUAUUCCAUAUCUGAUUUCUUUUCUAAAGAAUGCUCUGACUUUUUCUAAUUGAAUUUGUAUUUAUGCAUUCUUUGAUGAGGAAUAACUAUCAAUCAAAUAAUAUCUUUGUAUUUAUUCCAUAUUUAAUUUCUUUUCUAAAGAAUGCUGUGACUUUUUGUAUGUGAAUUUCUAUUUAUGCAUUCUUUGAUGAUGAAUAACUAUCAAUGCAGUAAUAUCUUUGUAUUUAUUUCAUAUAUAAUUUCUUUUCUAAAGGAUGCUGUGACUUUUCUAAGUGAAUGUAUAUUUGCAUUCUUUGAUGAAUAAUUUAAUUUCUGUGUUGUGCCUCACAUCGAUUUUUUGGGCAACUAUCUAUCACUGCCAUUUCUAGUAGAAACAGCAAUUGUGGCAUAAGCAAAUAUCUGAUAUAACAGUUGCAUUUUGACAUAAGUGUAGAAUACUCAUUAAAUAGAAACUGAGCAAAUGAAGAAGUAAAAAAAUUUAAUGAGAUUUUUCAUCAUGCAGGUCACUAAAAUGUGUCCAUAAUUAUCAUUGUAAUUACAUUUUUAAAAUUUUUUAUGUAUGACGUUUGCUUACUAUUGCAAUAUUUUUCAUCUGUCAUUAAAAGUAAACCUACCACUCCAAUGUCACUAUAUUUGAAUCUUUUAUUAUUGUUAUUUUAACUAAAUUUAUAAUAGUUUACAAAUUAUUGUAUAUUUCUUUAUCAUUGUCAUUGUAUAAUUUCUAAACAUGCUUAAAUACAGUGGACUUUGUAUUAUUCA